GCCGGUGAGGGUAGAACCCCGAGCGUGGUCGGUUGGAGAAAAUAUGUCUGUCCGGAGGCACAUUGGGAAUCCUGAGUAUCUCACCAAAAGGAUACCACAGAACCCAAGAUAUCAGCAUGUCAAGUCAAGACUGGACACUGGUAACAGUAUGACUAAAUACACUGAGAAACUAGAAGAGAUCAAAAAAAACUAUAGAUACAAAAAAGAUGAACUUUUCAAGAGACUAAAAGUUACAACUUUUGCCCAGCUGGUCAUCCAAGUUGCUUCCCUAUCCGAUCAAACACUGGAAGUGACAGCUGAGGAGAUUCAAAGACUAGAAGACAAUGAUUCUACAACUUCAGACCCUGAUGCUGAACUCACUGCCAGGACCAAUGGGAAGGGGAGCCCUGGUGAGGAGCCGCCUAGUCCUGUCCAGUUCAUAAACAGGGCAGGAGCCGGGGACUCCAGUCGCUCAACGCUUCAGAGCGUCAUCAGUGGUGUUGGAGAGCUGGAUCUAGACAAAGGGCUAGUGAAGAAAGCAGAGCCCAACACCAAAGACAGACCUUAUCCUGACUGCCCCUUCCUGCUGCUAGAUGUACGAGACAGAGAUUCUUACCAGCAGUGCCACAUUGUUGGAGCUUACAGUUAUCCAAUUGCAACUCUAUCUAGAACAAUGAACCCUUAUUCAAAUGAUAUUCUGGAAUAUAAAAAUGCCCAUGGCAAGAUCAUCAUUCUGUACGACGAUGACGAAAGACUGGCCAGCCAGGCCGCCACCACCAUGUGUGAGCGGGGAUUUGAGAACCUCUUCAUGCUCUCUGGAGGUCUAAAAGUCUUAGCUCAGAAGUUCCCAGAAGGACUGAUCACUGGUUCCCUGCCAGCCUCUUGUCAGCAGGCCCUUCCUCCUGGUUCUGCUCGGAAGCGAUCCAGCCCCAGAGUGCCACCCUCACCAGCUGAGACUAAAUGGAGAUUUACCCCAGAAGACUUAAAAAAGAUAGAAUAUUACCUGCAAGAGGAUCAGGGUCCUGCAGAAAAUCCUAGUCGACUGAACCAAGCUAACUCCUCUGGAAGAGACUCCAAGGGUGGAAGAGACUCAAAGGUUCCUGGUGCCCGCGGCGGGCAGAGCAUGCCCGCUGGGGGUCCCGCCAGCCACCCGAACCCCCGCUCACACAGCAGUGGCCACCUGCAAGGCAAACCCUGGAAGUAAAGACUUUGUCUCUGUUAGGCAAAUAAAUAUUUCCUCUCCUUUCGGAACCCCUGAGCAGCUCCCAAGUUGGUCAUUUUCAGAAACUGCUGCAGAGGAAAGACCACAACAUGCGGGCUAGGCCCUCUUCCCUCUUCCUGCCUCCCGCCCCCUCCCCACAUCCGAGUCAAGAAGGAUUUUGAGAAGUAACCAUGGAAAACAGAGCUGUGGCAGGCUCCAAUAUCCUCCCUAUUGUUUACAGAAUAUUUAAGUCUUUGAAACUGAAUAAGGGGAAAAAGGUCUGAUUUUUUUAGGUUUUUAUUACUUUUUUUUUUAAUACAGUCCAGCUUGUUUGUUCUCUCUCCUAUGUUGUUUUGUAAAUACUUCAGUCACAUCUGCUGGUGUGUUCUUCCCAAGCAGUUCUUUUUUGUUCACUGUUCUUGGUUUUUACGAAGGAUUCUCCAAGCAGGCUUUCCAGAUGAUUGCCUCAGAAGCUGUCCCCGAGGGUGUCGAUGAUUUUUAGGUUUCAGCCAGCCAGCAGGCCCCACACCAGACGCAGGCUGGCUUACCGAGGAGCUAUCUUCCCAGCGCACACUGCAGGCUCUGUUGUGCAUGUGGAGGCCAGCAGCUGAGAGCAUUGCUCAAUUUUAAGAUUUAGUUGAGUAACUCUCACGCUUGCUGAUCCUCCAUCUCCCUCAAUGUUUUCUUGGAGCCAGCAGAGGUGAUGGUGUGUGCUCCGCUGUCUUAAGGCAGGGAACAAGGGGCUGGAACCGGAAAGCCCUGUCCAUUAUAUCAAGGGCUGUGUUGAGGGCCGUUUGAAGCCCACCGGAGCUGACCCUCCUCUGCGGUUGGUUUACCAGCUGUAAAUUUACAUUGCUCAGCUCCGGUUCAUACAUGUUCUAUGGGUAGAAAUUAUGGCCACUUGAAAACAUCAGCUUUGGUUGGGCAACUGCAGGCACACAAGAUGCAAAGGACUACACAGUUCUUUGUCAGAGCUGACAACCCCUUAAGCCCUUGCUUUAAAAUACAGUAUUAGUCUAAUUGAGUAAUUAGUGCAAUUUCCUGCCUACUUUUCAUUCUCAUGACCCAGCUGUGAUUAGGAGAUUGUGAUUAUAGAUUCUGGUUUUGGCCGGAAUUUUGAAUCAGCAUUAAUUGACUUGCCUAGAUGACUGACAUUCAUCUCAUUUAAUUGGGGGAACAAAAGACCUCAGGUAAGGAUGAGGAACUCUGAAAUUGUAAGGAAAAGGAAAAGAGCCUUGUUAAUUUUUAUGGUCUGUGAUCUGUAGCUGUGAUGACGGACUAAGGAAUAAAUUGUGCUCUUUGUCAUGGCAACCAGCUUCUGAAAAACCAACUGAAAAUUGCCUAUCCUUAGGUGGUUACCGCUGCUGGGUAAGAUUUGCCUUAACGGUACUAUUUUCUCGCCACCAAAAAAAAAACAAAAAGCGCCACAGUAUUUCUAGCAUGAGGGGCUGUAUUUAUAAGAGAAAUAAAGGUAAUAAAUAGCUCCUAGAGACAUAUGGAAAACUAACUUUCUGAUUCAGCCUAGCUCUGUUUUAGGGUAUGUUUAUUCUUCUCCUCUACUUGAUUUCCAAAGUGCAACAUUUUCCGAUGCUUUAGAAAUCAAACAAACCAGGGACAUUGUUCAGAUGUCAAGCCGUGCCCAAUUUUCCACAAGAUUCAAGAAUCUUGUAUAAAAUUCAGCCAAUGUACACAUAGCAUUAAUGAGGAGCCUGUCAUGUUUCCCCAUAAAUUUAUUGCCUGAGAACUUAGUUCAGCCUUUUGCUAGUGCCAGAGUGCUGUGGCCUUUUAUUUUUCUUUAGAGCAUAGGUUAAAAAAUGCACGUUUUUCCACACUCAACUUUCCUCUAGCAUAGACAAGAUUUUCAGCCAUUUUGGACACAUGAACCUUUUUAAGAAAAAUUCUUUUUUCUCUGUAACAAAAUUCUGAUUUUGCCAUUUUAAAGUUUACUAAUCAGGAGUUUAGCUUCCCCACCAGAUUCUAUUCUGAAAAUAAAUGGUAGUCCCCCUUCGUUCCUAUUCUCUGUGUUCACAUCACAAAACAACAUGAGUGUUAGAGACUCUCGUAUAUACGUGGAAGUCAGUUUAGCCAAACUGUUGACUAGAAUUGCGGUGUAUUUACCUGAGAGGUUCGGCAGGUGGAAUAUAUUUAUGUGUAUUUCUCCAUAGUGGUUAGCCCUGUUAGUAAGGGUUUUAAAUAGCCACUCCUCAAAAGACUUGUUCUCAUUCUGCACUUUGUUAACUAUGACAUUCAGACAUUUUUUUUACUGCUUUUAUUGUUCUACUUUCCAAAAUCCUUCAUUAGACUAUUUGGCAUGUAUUAUUUAAAUGAUCAGCGAUUCUUUGUGCAAUUAUGAAUGUUGAAGAUUAAACUUACAGUCCUUUA